CUGAAGCAGCGGUUGGAAUAGCUAAACUAAAAAAAAAGUUAAAAUGAAGAGUUGCAAAAUUUUGUUCUGUAUUUUGAUAUUAAGCAUGUGCCAUAUACAAGAUAAGUUUGCGGAGGCGCAAGAUAUUCAAAUUAUGUCUUCGGGUCAAGAAUGCCAAAUGACUCCGGUUAUUCACGUACUUCGUCAUCCCGGGUGUAAGCCAAAAGCAAUACCGUCUUUCGCUUGUAUCGGCAAAUGUUCAAGCUAUGUACAGGUAUCUGGAAGCAAAAUUUGGCAAAUGGAAAGAACUUGCAACUGCUGUCAAGAAUCUGGAGAGAGAGAAGCGACGGUAGUCCUCUUUUGCCCCAAAGCCAAAUCUGAAGAGAAGAGAUUCAUGAAGGUAUCAACAAAAGCACCUUUGGAAUGCAUGUGCCGACCUUGUGGCAGUAUAGACGAGAGUUCGAUUGUACCGCAAGAAAUAGCAGGAUAUUCAGAAGAAGGACCACUGCACAAUCACUUUCGGAAAACUCUAUAGAUAAAGUUGAUAUCAUUGUUAAUAGGCAAAUAAUAAGACAUGUAAAUUUUUGAAAAUAAAUAAAAUAAAAGGCCUUGAUC